GCCAUCAGUGCGCUCAACUCGCUUGAGAGCACCAUCUAACUCGCGCCCCGCCUCGUCGCCCAUGCCCUUGUCCUCCUCCUCGUCCUCGCCUCGGACGCGGUCGCGUGCCUCGUCCAACAUGGCCGCAUCGCCAACACGGGCAUCGCCACACCCUCAACGCGCGUUCAACGGCGAGCUCUUGCGGCCCUACCUCAAGCGCCUCCUCGAGGCGCCCAUCAUCACGGGCGCAGUGUGGGACAGAGACGCACAGGCGCUGGGCAUGCGGGCAAAAGACAUGGCCGCCGAGGUCAAGCGCAGGAUGGUCGACAUCGAGCCGGCAGGCUACAAGUACCUGUGCCACGUCUCCGUCACCGAACGAGGGCAGGGCAGCGCAUCGGCAGGCGCAGGCCGAGCGUUCCUGUCGACGUACUGGGACGCGUCGAGCGACGUGUGCGUGAGCGAGGUCUUCCAAAAUGACUCGGUCGUUGUCACCAUCCUCGCCGUCGCCAUCCGCAUCCUCUACUAG